CGUACAAAAUUUCAUUUAAUCACAUUGCACACAUGUUCACAUCGCAAUUUGAACUGCGCUGACGCUUUUUUGUACAUACCGAUCUCAGAUUGAUACGCAUACAAAUCUGAAAGUUUAUGUUUUUUUAAGCAGUUAAGAUUACUUCAAAUGUGAAUGUGGCAAAAUUUAGAAAUCUUCCUUCCAUUUCACUAGCUAACUUGGGACUGAUUGAAGCUCCGUCGACGCGUACGACGGCCUUUGGCUUGCGGUGCUGUUAAAAAUGGCACGCAGACAAAUGGUGCAUUUUUUCCACUUUUUAUUAAAUAUUGCAGUACUUAUCCUGUCCAGCAGCCAUUCGGCCAAAGGAAAAUGUUCCCGACUUCCCAGUGGGAAUUGCUGGGUCAACUGCAUGCAGGACAUCUAUGACGUUAUCUGCAACAACGUCACAGCCGAGCAAGUCCAAUCGGAUAUCAGUGUCUUUGCUCAUUCUCCACAACAGCUCCGCUUAUAUCUCUGGCUGUCGCCCACCAUAUCGCGUCUAUCCGCUGACGUCUUCGACUCCGUGGCUUCGCAGAUUGUUGCACUCGAUCUGCAGGACUUAACGUCCCUGGACACCUUUCCGGAACUGUAUAAUCUGGAAAAUCUUGAACGACUAAAUAUUUGGAAUAGUUCAUUAAUAACCGACUUCCCGGUAGAAUUGCUUCCCACCAGCAUCAAGGAACUGUCCUUGAAUAAAAUCGGCGUCACGAAUCUCGUCAAUGAUUUCAUGGAGACACCUAGCCUGCCGAGUCUGACCAUGUUGAUUCUACGUAACCUUAGUAUUUCGUCGUGGCAAACUAAAUUUUUGGAAGCUCUCCCGAGUCUCACACAUUUUAUGAUCGCCAACAGCACGAUAAACCUAUCCAAUGAUACGGACCAACGGUUUCCGGCAGUAAAAAAUUUACAGUCAUUUACCUUAACGUACAACAAUUUUGUGUCACAACGAACCUCCAGUGAACAGCAAGUAAAACAUGUCAGCGCAGCUUUCAUGCGGAUUAUAGAAGCUCUGCAGUUACAACCGGAUGCCGCUGUUGACCUGAGCCAUAACAACAUUGAAUUAUCGGAUGGCGUAUUGUCUGCCAUUGGAAGAUUAUCCUCAGCAAGUUCCCUGAACUUACGAGGCAACCCAAUUGCAGUCAAUUCGACGACCGACCUGUCGGGUUUCUUUGGGUAUUUCGAUCGUCUGCGAUUACUGGAUUUGGGAGAAACGAAUAUCACUGGCCAUGGUCUGCUGAGAGGAUUGCCCACUCUAACCGAAGUCUACCUUGACCACAAUCAUUUAGGCACUGAUGCCCAACAGCAUAACGUGUUCCAGGGGCUCAGCGCUGUUAAUCUGACCAUUGUGGAUUUGUCGCAUAAUAAUCUCACCACACUCCCGGAUAUUCCGCAGGAGGUAGCCGCAGCGAUACGGACCCUAAACCUGCGCUACAAUAAUUUGACCGUUUUUGAAAAUGACCGAUCCGACCACGCUGUGACGGAGGCGUAUUUUGCAGCAUUUAAAAAUCUACAGAGUCUGGAUUUAUCUUCCAAUAAUCUCAGCACAUUUGCCGGUGUGACCUUACGUCAGUUGAAAAACAUAGAUUUUCUGGAUCUCAGCUGCAAUAAUUUUAAAAACAUCACGAAGGAAAUUUUCUUUGGAAUUUCUGACACUUUACGCGAGCUAAACAUGAGUAUGUGCAUCCAUCCUCCGCAACCGGCACCUUUUGUCAAUAUGGAUGCCUUUUCGACGUUGCCGCCCGUCACCAUAUUCCGCAUGAAUUCUGCACAGUUAAAAAAAAGCAUAUUCUCCGCCCUUAACGAAUCCGCAAGUCGCCUGUACAAUCUGACGCAUUUGUAUCUGGAAGACAACAUAGUGACGUAUCUUUCCCAAGAUAACAUUCCGCAUUUGACACAUUUGAAAUUACUCAGUCUGCGCGGGAAUAAUCUGCAGUCCAUCCAACCGCACACCUUCGGUAAUCUGCCUGAAUUACAGACGCUGGACAUUGCUAAUAACCGCAUCUCGUCCAUUGGAACGGAUAAUUUUGCCCAAGGGCGCACCUCCUUACAGAACUUGGAAUAUCUGAAUUUGGAAAGCAACGGUAUCGACCGUAUAGAACGCGGCUCCUUUGACAAUCUGCUGAAGUUAAAAAGUCUACUCUUGGGUAAUAACUCGGCUGAGGUUCAAGAUUUAUUCCUGGAUCAGGACGGAGGGAAAGAGCUCGUUUAUUUCGGCAUACAGAGCUACAACAACAGUUGUCUGCGACCGGCUCUGUUUUCCAAAUUGAAAAAGCUUCGUUGGCUGCUGAACGAUGUGUACAGUUUUCUAGUGGUCAAUCCGGAUGCUAGUCUGUUGACACGCGAUGAUUAUUUGCUGUCCAUUAUCAAGAGAUGCGCCGAGGGAUCGGUGAUUACCUCCCGAAAAGGCUAUCCUGGACUGUCGAAUUACGUGUCAGUGACCACGCAUGAUGCGGACGACGUGGACCAGGGUCUGCAGUAUCCGGUCCUUGCCACAUUUGCACCUUUAACGUACUGUCCGGAUGCACAGAUGCUACAAGACCUCAGUAAUAAAAUCUGUUCUAACGCCGAUCAAAAGAAUUUUGUCUCAAACAACGCAGUAGCAUGAUAUAACUUACUGACAAGGUGCGCAGCAAAUGAUUGUGAAUCAAAAAUUCCCAAAUUUUGAUUUGAUACUGUAAUAUACGCCAGCCUAUUGAUCUAAGAUGAGAUCAGUCGUAAGGCCGACGUUUCGGUGAUAGUUAUAAUAUAAAUAUUGGACGAAUAAAAUGGUAU